CCCUUCGGACUAUCACUCGUUUCCUCUCUCACCGCAUCCGUCUGAGCCCUCCCCUCAAGCAGCGGCAGCCGUCUCUCAGCGUUGCAGCACCUCUGUGACUCUCCGGUACUUUCUCUUCCUCUCUCUCGCAUUUCUCUCCUUCAUCAGCCAUCACUAACGAUUAUUUAUGAUUUUGUUGUUGUUUUGUUUACUAAAUUUUCAUAACCUGCGUGCAUUAGAAAUUUACCCAUAUUAGAAAUUUUCACCCUCAAAUUUUCAUAACCUGCGUGCGUUAGAAAUUUAAAUCCACAUUCUUCAAAUUUUCGGAGGGGAAAAACAUUGUCCACUCUCACUGUUUGGAGAUCCGCAUUCUCAUUUGUUUCUUUGUUUUUGUUUCAAGUUGAGGUUGUUUCUAGUUGAUAAAGAUGAUGGACGGAAUAAUGAUAAUCAAGUUUCUAGCUAAUAAAGUUGAGGUUGCUUCAGAUAUAGACUUGAUAUAUAGUAGAGACUAGAGAGAGAGAAAGACAGGGUGCUGAAAGCUAUAUAGAAUGAGAGGGAAUUGAAAAGUGAAAAGUGAAAAGUGAAAUACGGAAUUAUUUUAUUUCGUUUCUCUCUCCUUUCCCUCCCCGCGUCUUUCUUCCCCCCUUUCUCUCUUUCUCUCGUUCCAUCGAUCGAGCACAGAAGCCUGUGGCUUCUUCUCCUUCACGCAAAAUCGGAACAAAAUCCAUGGUUUCUCUCCUCAAAUCAGAGUGACUCCUUCAGCACUUGGCGCGACAGUUUUCUCCUUCAGUGCUUGUAACAGGAACUUUAGGUUGCUGCAGCCUGAGCAAAAAUGCUUCAACAUCAGAUGGACCGCUGCAAAGCGGUUUUCUAACAUGAAAUGUUAAAAAUAAAUUAUUUAAUAUCUUAUUAAAUAAUUACGGAAAAAUGGUAAAAUAACAUCCUUUGCUACACUUCCUAAACCCCCACAACCCAAUAAGCCUACUGGCUGGCCACAAGUAGACAUUGAUAGAGCGUAAAAAUGGCGGAGAGUAUACCUAACUUAAACCCUACCAAAACAUUCAACCCCAGAAUUUCAUUCACAAACCACACUCUCCCUUCAAUCUAUUCCUUCAAAAUAAAAUCAAAAUCCAAGAAGUUCGUAUCAAUCUCUGCAUCGGUGAGUUCGAGCCAGAACCAAAGCCAUAACCAGCAACGACUGUCUUUGGACUCUUUGAUCGGUAAUAGCAGUCGCAAAGACGAGCUUAUUGGCUCUAUCAGAAACUCCUUGCCUCACUGUCUCUCUGAAACGAACCUCCAUCUCACUGUCCCUGGCCUCAAAUUCAAAAUCAGGGGAAAGGUUAGAGAUAUUUACGAAAGUGAGGAUUAUCUUGUUCUCGUCACUACUGACCGACUAAGUGCUUUCGACAGAAUUCUUGCUUCCAUUGCCUUUAAGGGCCAGGUUCUUAAUGAGACGAGUUUGUGGUGGUUUGAAAAAACCCGACACAUAACUUCAAAUGCGGUCAUCUCGUCCCCAGAUAAAAAUGUUACAAUUGUGAAGAAAUGUUCAGUUUUUCCCAUCGAAUUUGUUGUUAGAAGUUAUGUGACUGGAAGUACUGACACAUCAUUAUGGACAAUCUAUAACAAAGGUGUUCGAAAGUAUUGUGGCAAUGUCCUCCCGGAUGGUUUGGUUAAAAACCAAAAGCUUCCUACAAACAUACUCACACCAACAACUAAGGCAGCAGAUCAUGAUGUCCCAGUAACUCCGGAUGAGAUAGUUCAACGUGGACUGAUGACUCAAGCUGAUUAUGAUGAAGCAAGUAGGAAAGCAUUAAGCUUAUUUGAAUAUGGACAGUCUGUUGCUCUGGAACAUGGCCUGAUAUUGGUGGAUACUAAAUAUGAAUUUGGAAAGGCAGAUGAUGGUUCAGUUCUUUUAAUUGAUGAGGUGCAUACUCCCGAUUCAAGCAGAUAUUGGAUUGCCCAUUCUUAUGAAGAACGCUUUCAUAAUUCUAUUGAACCAGAAAAUGUUGAUAAGGAGUUCUUGAGGUUGUGGUUCAAAGAUCACUGCAAUCCAUAUGAAGAUGAGGUCCUCCCUGAUGCUCCAGAAGAUCUUGUUUGUGAACUAGCUUUGCGAUACAUAUUUUUGUACGAGAAGAUAACAAAUUCAAAGUUUGAGAUGCCGAGCAUGGAGGAGCCAAUUCAUGAUCGAAUUUCUCGGAAUGUUGCACGAGCAUUAUCAUCACUAGAGUAAUUUUAAGCUUUUGAAUUAUUGGUCCAAUGUAUUCGUUGCUAAAUAAGCUUGAAAAGAAAGCACAAAUCUUGUUCUUGCAAAGUGAUGCGCAUUUGUUCUUGGGAAGCAAUGUGAGUUGCUAAAUCUUGAAUGCAAUUCUCUAUCUGGGGAGCGUCCUGAUGCUUGUUAUCUAACUCACUACCUAUUUCAAACUUAUUUUAUAUAUUGUGAGUCUAUCCUUUUUGCGUCA